CCCACAUUUCCACUCGAAAUGCCCGUCGAAACAGACCUAUAUGAUAUCUUAGGUGUCAGCCCAACAGCCGACGAAGGAGAAAUCAAGAAGGCGUACCGGAAAAAGGCCAAAGAUCUCCACCCGGUAAAGAACCCAAAUGACCCGGAAGCCAUACAGAAGUUUCAGGAGAUGGCUGCUGCCUACGAGCUCCUAAGUGACCCAAACUCACGGGCUGCAUACGAUGCACAUGGAAUGGAAGGGAUCAGCAGUCAUGGCCCCGGAGGCCCAGCAGGAGGGAUGGAUCCAAAUGAUUUCUUCGCGCAAUUCUUCGGCAACAGCAACGGUACGGGAUUCGACUUCGGGGGCAUGGGUGGACCAGGCAGACGGAGGAAGGGACAGGAUUCUGUGAUACCGUACGAGGUCUCGCUUGAGGACCUGUACAACGGUAAGAGUGUGAAGAUGAUGAUGGAGAAAGAGGUUGAAUGUGGGACGUGUAAGGGGUCAGGGGCCAAGGGUAGCGCGAAACCUAAAAAAUGCGCGAAGUGCGAUGGCAAGGGAUGGACAUAUGUGCAAACUCAAAUUGCUCCCUCACAAUUAGGCACGUCCCGGGCGGUAUGCCCAGAAUGUGAAGGCCAUGGAGACAAGCUGCGAGAGAAGGAUAGGUGCAAGAAGUGCAAAGGGGAUAAGGUGGUCAAGGAGAAGACACGGCAAGAAAUCUUUGUGGAACGUGGUAUGUCCGACGGCCAGCGAAUUAUAAUGGCAGGCGCCGGUGAUCAAGAGCCUGGUCUUCCCGCAGGAGACGUGAUUUUUGUUCUCAAAGCACAACAGCAUAAGUCGUUUGAGCGGUCGGGAAACGACCUGGCCACCACUGUCAAAAUUACACUCUCCGAGGCGCUACUCGGGUUCGAUCGCAUCCUUGUGAACCAUCUGGACGGGCGGGGAUUGCGAGUAUCGAGCCCACCGGGUCGAGUCAUCAAUCCGAGGCAAUCUAUCGUCCUCCAUGGAGAAGGCAUGCCGGUUUACAAGACCCCAGAUGAACGAGGAAAUCUCUACGUUAUCCUCGACAUCGAGAUGCCUGAUCAGCAGUGGAUGAAGACUAUCGACCGCACAGCUCUUGAAGCGCUUCUUCCCCCGAAGAAGACAGAUGUAGAGCCCAAGCCAGCUGUGGUAGACGAGGCAGAGUACGAAGAGAGUGAUAUGGUCGAAUUCGGCGAGGGUGCGGAUGAAGAAGCAUGGGAGGACGAUGAUGACGAGGGCGGUGCUGAGCCCGAAUGUCGGACGCAAUGAGCACGAUGUUCGCUAUCUCAUGUUCACGACGCGGUCGCUGAACGGAGGCACGUCAAUUCCGAUUUGGGAAUCAGUGUCUUUCAUUGUUUUUGUUUAUCUCUGCUACUUCGUUAGCUCAUCACUCCCCAUUAAUGUCGACAUUAUACAUAGAAAUGCACUACUC